GCUUCCGCUCGGGGGUGGGACGGGGCAGGCAGGGCUCGUCCCGUCUGGGGACCCUGGGGUGGCCCUGGUGGCACCCAGCGGGAGCCCUGCAGAGGCACCGAGUCAGCGGGCUGCGGGGCAGGAGGCUGGCCCUGCUGCGGCACGUGCUCGCCCGUCGCUGUCACCUUUCGCCUGGGGACGAGCGGUGCCUGCGCAUCCCCGGAGCAUCCUCCUGAAGGGUCAUCCAGGCAGGGGCUGCAGCGGAGCGGCCGCGGGAGGGGAAGGAAGAAGAAAAAUCCUGCACGCGGCGGCAGAAACGGAGGCAGGAGGGAGGGACCAUGUCCACGCGGCGCCUGCGCAGCGAGGACUACAACGACUACAGCUCCACGGACGUCACGCCGGAGGGGAGCCCGCCCGGGGGCAUCAACGGCUUCGCGCACCCCGAGUCCUACCAGCGCUUCGGGGAGACCAACGGCACCACGUGGUACCAGACCCUGAUCCACCUCCUGAAGGGGAACAUCGGCACGGGGCUGCUGGGGCUGCCUCUGGCUCUGAAGAAUGCCGGCAUCCUGCUGGGUCCUCUGAGCCUGCUGGUGAUGGGCGUCGUGGCCGUGCACUGCAUGAGCAUCCUGGUGAAAUGCGCCCAUCACUUCUGCUACAGAUUCCAGAAGCAGUUUGUGGACUACGGAGGUGCCGUGAUGUACGGGCUGGAGUCCACCCCCAGCGCCUGGCUGCGGACACACGCCGUCUGGGGAAGGCGUGUGGUGGGGCUCUUCCUGAUCCUCACUCAGCUGGGUUUCUGCUGCGUGUACUUCGUCUUCCUGGCGGACAACCUGAGGCAGGUCGUGUCCGCUGCCAACGGCACCACCACCGACUGCCACUCGAACCGGACGGUGGCCCUGACCCCCACCAUGGACUCCCGGCUCUACAUGCUCUCCCUGCUGCCUUUUGUGGUGCUGCUGUCGUUCAUCCAGAACCUCAAGGUCCUGUCCAUCUUCUCCAUGCUGGCCAACGUGGCCAUGCUGGUCAGCCUUGUGGUCAUCUACCAGUACAUCGUCAGGGACAUUCCCGAUCCCAGCAACCUGCCCCUGGUAGCAGCCUGGAAGACCUACCCUCUGUUUUUUGGCACGGCCAUUUUUGCUUUUGAAGGCAUCGGGGUGGUGCUGCCUCUGGAAAACAAGAUGAAGAACCCCCGGCAGUUCCCGCUGAUACUCUACGUGGGGAUGACGAUUGUCACCGUCCUGUACAUCAGCCUGAGCGUGCUGGGGUACCUGCGCUUCGGGGCGAACAUCCAGGCCAGCAUCACGCUCAACCUGCCCAACUGCUGGUUAUACCAAGCUGUCAAGCUGCUCUUCUCCUUUGGGAUUUUCUUCACGUACGCUGUGCAGUUCUACGUGCCCGCUGAGAUCAUCAUCCCUCCCCUCGUCGCCCGGGUGUCAGAGCGCUGGGGCUGGGUGGUCAACCUACUCCUCAGGGUGGCCCUGGUUAGCGUGACCUGCGUGCUGGCCAUCCUCAUCCCGCGCCUGGACCUUGUCAUCUCGCUGGUGGGCUCCGUCAGCAGCAGCGCCCUGGCUCUCAUCUUCCCCCCGCUGCUGGAGAUCGCCACGUACUACGUGGAGGGCAUGCACCCCCUGGUCAUCGCCAAGGACGUGGCCAUCAGCCUCAUCGGCUUCGUGGGCUUCGUGGUGGGGACGUACGAGGCGCUGGUGGAGCUGGCUACGCCCGCUGCCGUUAUCAAUGCCACCAGCGUCUUGGUGCAGUGACGGUCCCCCUGGCCCCUCUGAGUGCUCUGCUGGGGGCACGAGGGCCAGGUGCUGCUGGGGAUGCUCUCCCUUCUCUCCUGCAAAUCCCGGUGGGUUUGGGACGGGCCUAUCUGGCUGGGGAGGAGGGAUCUGGCCCUGGCUGGGGCAGUGCCUGCCUCAGGGGCAGGUGACACAGCAAAGCAAGCCCCCUCGGCACUCCUGUAAAUAGGCAUUUUGGGAGGGGGAGGAAUCCUGGGCAUGUAGAUUUUAUUUUUAUUUUUUUAAAUCCCAACCUUUCCGUAUUUCCCCCAUCCUUUCAGUCAGGGUGGGGAACAGGGACUGCUCUUCUCCGUGCCAGUUUUCUUUUUCUCCCUUUUCCCACCCCUCAGCACUUUAUUUUGUGGCAACAGAGAGACCUCAGCUCAGGUUGGAGAGCGUGGAGCUGCCUCCUUGCCCCGGCCCCGUGGGGGUGGAGAGCAGCAUCUGAGGUGUGGAGCAUCCCAGGGCCAGUGUGGGAGCCCCCAGCUCUCCCACGAUGGCACCCUUGGGUGCGAGCGUCGCCGGUGGGCACAGGCUCCUGCUGUGCCCCCGCUCUGUUUCCAGCCCUCUCUGGCACCGAACAGAGAGGGCUGGCAUGGGGCAUGGAAGGGUUUUGUUCUGUUUCCUAGCGCACAUGUCCCAUGCACGGUUUUUCGGAAGCAUUAGGAUUUCAGGUGUGCGGAGCCCUCUCUGCACUGCCAAGCUCUGCCAGGGGGCCGCGGUGUCCCUGGGGCUCCGCGUGCUGCCCGCGCCGCAGAAACCCAGCGCCUUGUUUACAGUGCCCGAGCUGGCCCCGGUGCGCUCCGGCUGCCUCCGCAGUCCCUCACUGAAUGUCAAAUCCCAAAAAAAGAAAAACAGCGUGGGUUUUUCCCCCCUCUUCCCUCCUGGUCCUACUCCCUCCCUGGUGGCAUCCUCUGCUGCAGCUCCCGUGCCCUGGAGGAGGCGGCUCGCUGGUGCUUCUCCCUCUGCUCCUCUUGCUGCUUGCGUUGUGGCCGGUGCACGGGCUGCACCUGGCUCUGUCCAGCCACGCUGCUGCUUUCCUUCCUCUCGGGGGGGCCCAGCCUCUUCCCUGGAGCGUUUCCUUGCCUUUCUGCUGCUUUUUAUUUUUUUGGGGGUCGGGGGGGGGUGGUGCAGAUGAGAGCAAAUGCAUUCUCCAUUGGAUGUCUCUUCCUAGUGGUGCAAAGUGAUGUUGGCUGAGCUGUCCCUCUGGGGUCCCUUGUCUGGGCUCGACUCCUCCCUGCUGACAGCAUCUCCCAGAGGCUGGGAGCCUUCAGCACCGUGUGCCCUGCAACCACCUCCCCGGGGCUGGGAGAAGGCAGGAGGAGAAAUGCAUUGCCAGCAGGCUGUGUUUGUUCAUCCUCCAUGGAUGGUGAGCAGGACAUGGGGUUACUUCUGGCAUUUGAGCCGCUUCCAGGAGGGGGAGGCUGUGCAGAGCAGCGUGUGUGCAGCUUGCAGGAGCUCCAGGGCACCCCGCAGGUGGGAAAAGUGCAAUAUCCGUGUCCUUUGCUGUGUAGUGACCCCAGCUCUGCCUCUUCCCGGGCUGGUACCAGCGCUGGUGCUGUGCAGGGAGGGUUGGGCAGGGCUCGGCCAUGAGGCUAGUGCACCUGGGUUGGGUUCGGGUGCAGAAGUGUCACCCUCCCUGGCAGGGGACAUCUGCUACGUGCCCCCAGGGCACUGGGGGUACUUCAGCAGCAUUAACCGUUGUUUGGUGAUUUUUUUUUUUUUUUGGUGUUUUAUUGGGCUGAGGCACAGUGGGGGGUGAGCAGGGGUGGUGGGACACUGGGAGGACCUGGCAGGGGCCAGGUGGACACAAAAACUUGACACUUGUGUGUUGUAGGCUGCUCUGUAACCGGGGGAAUCGUGUAAAUAUGGAAGUGAUUCACGUACGUGUCGCGUGCCUAUGGAUAUUGUCAGUGCGGGUGGCUGCCCAGUGGAGGAACUGGUGCGGCACCUGAAUCAUGUAUCUCACUUUAAUCAAUAAAUUGGAUUUAUUUUUUACGUGAAAAAAGC